AUGGUACCAACUAAAAGAGAUAUCUCUCAAGUCGAAGAAGUUGAUACAGAUGGUCAAAUUGUCUCUAACCAAAAGAAAACUUUCAGAAAGAAUGAACAUAUGCAAGAGAAACCAUUAGAAUCUAAUGAUGAUGACGACGAUGACGAUGAAGAAGGAGAAGAAGAAGAAGUCACCCAUAAAUCUAAAAAUGUCUCGGGUUCUACUGCGGCAUAUGAUAUCCAUGUCGCUAGAGAGACUGCAGAAUUAUUUCAAUCAAAUAUUUUCAAAUUACAAAUAGAUGAAUUGGUAGGACAAGUGAAAUUAAAUGAAAAACAUGUAUUGAAAGUUGAAAAAUUCUUACAUAGAUUUUAUGAUUUGGUUCAACAGAUCCCAGAUUGGGAAGAAAAAACUAUUAGUGAAACAUUAUCUUAUUUCAAAGGAAAACCUGUCUCUAUCCCGUUUGUCGACCCCAAACCAGCAGUGACUGCUACCAAUUAUAAAUUCAAUUACAAAGCUCCAGAGGUAUCUUUAAUCGGUUCUUUUGCUUUGAAGACAGGUAUAUAUCAACCGCAAGGUUCUUCUAUCGAUGUAUUAUUGACCAUGCCAAAGGAGCUCUUUGAGAAGAAAGAUUUCUUAAACUUAAGGUGUUUACAUAAGAGAAGUGUUUAUCUUGCAUAUUUCACAUACCAUUUAACAAAUUUGUUAGCCAGAGAUAAAUUAGACGACUUCUUGACCGUUGAAUAUUCAUACCUUCAUGAUGACCCUUUGCUUCCUAUAUUAACCUUAAAAUGUCAACCAGGUGAAGAUCAUAAACAUGAAUUGAACUUCCAUAAGACUAAAUUCUCCAUCAAUUUAAUUAUCGGUUUCCCUUACAAAAUAUUUGAGUCCAAGAAGUUGCUACCAAAUAAAAACUGUAUCAGAAUUGCCAAAGAAGAUAACGAUACUCCAUUAGAAGCUACAUCACUUUAUAAUUAUUCAGUGUUAUCUGCCUCUGCAUACGAACCAUAUUUGAAAUAUCUCUACAAAUGUAAGAAAGAAACCGAAGCAUUCAGAGAAGCAUCGAUUCUUGGUAGACUUUGGUUGCAACAAAGAGGCUUUUCUUCUAAGAUUUCUCAAUCUGGUAGUUUGGGUGGAUUUGGGACUUUUGAAUUUUCCACUUUAAUGACUGUAUUAUUGAAUGGUGGUGGUGAAAACGGUAAUAAAAUUCUUUUACACGGUUUCUCUUCAUACCAAUUAUUCAAGGGUGUGAUAAAAUACCUAGCUACUAUGGAUCUUUGUACCGAAGGCCAUUUACAAUUCCAUUCUGAUAUCACAUAUGCUGCUGCUGUAUCGAAGUAUGUUCAAGAGGGUUUCCAAACCCCAACUAUCUUUGAUAAAUCUACAAAGAUUAAUAUCCUUUCCAAGUUAUCUGUCAGUAAUUACAAUAUUCUGAAAUUUUAUGCAAAGGAAACAUUGGCUAUGCUAAAUGAUGUAGUUCAAGAUCGUUUUGCUAACAUAUUCUUAACCAAUAUUAACAGAUCUGACCAACUAAAGUACGAUUUGUGUUAUGAUUUGAAGUUCCCAACUAAUGGUUCUGCAGAAUCUGAUUUGAUAUCCAAAUUUACCGCUACUGAAAGAAUUAAAUACAUCACAAUAGAAAACUUCCUAGUACACAAGGUUAUUAGUGUAAUUAAAUAUGCAUUAAAUGAUAGAAUAGCAAACUUAGAGGUUCAAUUAGUGGGUCACAGAUCCAACUUUGCGGUAAAUAAAAGGAAACCUCUUGUUGUAAUGUCCCCUGGUUCUCAUUUCAAUUUUGAUCACAUAAGAAUUAAACUACUGAUAAACCAAGAAGAAUCCGAAAAAUUAAUUACAAAGGGCCCAUUACAUUCAGAACAAGCAUCACAGGCUGCUGUUCUCUUUAAAAGUUUCUGGGGACCUAAAUCAUCUUUACGUAGAUUUAAAAAUGGUUCAAUCAAUCACUGUUGUUUGUGGACUACCUCCAGCUCUGAACCUGUUAUCUCAUCGAUUAUUCCAUUUAUCAUAAAAAGACACCUUUCUGAGGGUAUUAAUAUAGAUAACACUAUCACUAAACAAUUCCAAGAUUUGUUACCAUUAUCAAACCUAGCUGCUAGUUCCAAGACAUCUGUUUUGAACAUGACAAGUUUCUUCAAUGUCAAGAAGUCAUUUGAUGACUUAUACAAGAUUAUUUUUAGAAUGAAACUUCCGUUAUCAGUUAAAUCUAUUUUACCGGUUGAUACAUCAUUCAGAUAUACCUCACUAUGUCAGCCAGUCCCAUUUGCAUAUUCUGAUCCAAAAUUCUUCCAAAAUAUUAUUUUGGAAUUUGAAACGUCCCAAAAAUGGCCAGAUGAAAUAACGUCUCUGGAGAAGGCCAAAACAGCAUUUUUAUUGAAGAUUGAGGAACAAUUGGCUUCUGAGCAUGGUACUAAGUAUAAGUCAUUCUUUGCUCGUGAUGAAUCCAUUCCAUUUAAUUUGGAUGUUACUACCCUAAACAUUUUGACACCUGAAGGUUAUGGUUUCAAAUUCAGAAUCUUAACUGAGCGUGAUGAAGUUCUGUAUUUAAGAGCUAUUUCUAAUGCGAGAAAAGAAGCCACACCAGCUUUAGAGAACACAUUUUUAGAAUUUACCUCAGCAUACUUGGCAUCUAUCAGACACACGAGAACAAUCGAAAAUAUAUCACAUUCAUACCAAUUCUACUCUCCAGUUGUGCGUCUAUUCAAGAAAUGGUUAGAUUGCCAUUUGUUAAUGGGUCACCUAAAGGACGAACUUAUAGAAUUAAUUGCAAUGAAACCAUUCACUGACCACUAUCCAUAUUCUAUUCCAGGCUCUGUUGAAAAUGGUUUCUUAAAAAUAUUAAAGUUCAUUGCCCAAUGGAACUGGAAGGAUGAACCAUUAAUUUUAGAUUUAGUUAAACCAGAUGCUGCAUAUGAGGACCAAAUGGAAGUUAGUAUUGGUGGAUCUGAAAUUAAUUCUGAAACCAUGAAGAAAUUGUCAGAGAAGUUAACUCUUGCUCAAUACAAGGCAAUUCAAUCCAAUUUCCGUAAUCUAAGGAAGGAUGACCCUAACGGUAUUCAUCUCCAAUUCUUUGUUGCGUCAAAGAAUGAUCCAAGCGGUAUUUUAUAUUCUUCGAACAUUCCACUUGCCAUUGCUACAAGAUUGACUGCAUUAGCUAAAGUUGCCAUCAAUUUGAUUCAAACACACGGCUUGAAUAGCCAAACCAUCGAUUUGUUGUUUGCUCCUGGUCUAAAGGAUUAUGAUUUUGUAGUCCAUUUGAAGGUUCCAAACAGAUUGAAGAUCUCCUCAGGUAUUAUUACGCAGUCAGAAUUCAAGAACUUAACUAACAUUGAUGCACCAUCUUCCUUCCCAACAGAUCUGAACGAAUUAAGCCAAAAGAUGGAUCCAACAUACCAAUUAGUGAAAUAUUUGAAUAUGAAAUAUAAGAAUACAAUGAUUUUUUCAAGUCAUAAAUAUAUUGGUGUUAAUGGUGGAACACACGGUAAUGAAAAUGUUAUUACCGGUCUAAUCAAACCAUUAUAUAAGAAGCAGAUGAAAUUCAAGGUCAACAUGGACUGUAAUGCUAAACCUGUAGAUGCAGAAAGUGUUGUUUUAAAUAAGGAAUCAAUUUAUCAUGAAAUUGCAGCAUUUUCCAGCGACUUAAUUGUAAAAUUUGAUCUAGAUUAA